CAACCCAAACAAUGAAUACCAACAUGGUGGCAAUGUGCUACACAGUUUGAAAAUGCAGGUCGUGUCAUGCUUUGAAAAAAAUCAUUUUAUACACGAAUUUGGUGGAAAAUGUCGGACCCUAAACGUGCUACUCUUAUAACAGUGGGUGCUCCUAAAAGUGCAAAGAAUAAUGUGAACAAAACAGUGAGAUUAACUAUAAAUUUGGAUGAAAGCAACGAAAGUAAAUAUCCGGAGCUGAAUUACAAGGAACUAGUCAUUGCAGAAGAGAGAAAGAAGAAAGUUGAUAGAGAGAAUGGCAAGACCACAGCAGGGCUGGAUCCAUUCUCAGAGAGUAAUGAUGAUGUGGUCCGCGUCGCCAGGCAGUUUGAGCAGAAAUAUGGCGGUAAAAGUACAUAUGGCCGUAAGGGCAGGUCGAAGCAUGAUGAUUUCGCCGACAUCGGAGCUGGCUACGAUGAAAAUGAUUCCUUUAUCGACAAUACGCAUGGGUACGACGAGAUGAUCCCGCCUGAGUGCGACACCUUACACGGUGGAUUCUACAUCAACUGCGGCUCGUUGGAGUUCAAGAGUGUGGCCGACCAGUCCGCGAUAUCUGAUGCUGAGCCCGGAGGCAGUCGGAGGAAUAAGAGGCGUAUAUCUUCAAGCAGUAGUGAGGAGGAUUCGUCAGACAGAAGUUCUUCGGAGUCCAGCCAGGAUGAGAAGGAUCCCAAGGCGAUAGCCAACGGCGAUGUAGACUCGCACAAGACUGAACAUCGGAAGAAGAAAAACAAAAAGAUUGAUAAGAAAACGGCCAAGAAAGUGCGGCGCACUGACUCAUCGGCCGCUACGUCUGGCAAGCAGACUUCUGAUGAUAAUGCUCACGGCGACGGUGAGAGCGCAGACUCGCACACGUCGCAGUCAGACUCACUCACAUCCAAACCCACGCCCAGCUCCGAGAAUGCUGCCACUUCAGAUAGCUCAAGAGACACAGAGACCAAAGUGGAGGUGAAGUUGCCGGCGGGCGUAGUGACCGUGUUGGAGUCGCUGGAGAGCUUCGUGACGCGCCAGCUCGCACAGAACCCCAACACGCCCAGGAAACAACUGCUCGCGCUCACCGACGAGUACAUUAUCAGACUGGAGCAAGUGGUGUCGGAGUCGUCGUGCGAGCCGCGCGUGGUCCGUGCGUGCUGGGCGCGGGCGGCGCGGGCCCUCGCCACCUCGCGGGGGAAGCUGCUGCAGCGGGCACGGGCUAGGGCGCAGCGACCCACACACAACUCAACAAUUGCUCAAGCAACCUCAGGAACGAACACUGCCAACUCGACUGCCCUAUCCACAUCAACAACAGUAACAAACCACAACAACAAGAGGAAAGCUGAUGAUGAUCUCGCUGACUUUGAUCCGGACAACCUGACUGAUGGAGAACGAGAGGCUUUACUGGUUGAAACUUUGUUCAGGUUAAAAGCGCUCAUUGAUGAGAAGAAACCAGCGAUGAUAGCUAAUUACAAUGCAGAAUGUGAAAGAGUACAAGAAGAAAGAAAAAAGAUCCAGAUAGCAUCCGCGGCGGAGGGCGUCCCCGUAGUGGAGAAGCGGCUCCCGAAGCGAAGGUUCCCGUGGUGCGCCCGUACCCGCGCCCUGCUGGCCCGCGCCACCACCCUCGCCGGGGACCACGCCUCAAGGGUACUCAUCGCACGCGUGUUGCCGCUCUUCCCGCAGGGCUUCGUCAGGAUGCCCACCCUACUGCGCCAGGCCGAUGUCAGUAAACAACUGAAAGCAACAGACACCAAGCGGCCGCGGCUAGGCUCAACGUCCCAGCCGGCCGCCCCGAGCCAACGAACUGAAGCUCCACCCGCGGCGCCGCGUCCCGAGCCGACCCCGGCCGCAGCCGUAGUCCCAGCCCCGGCCGUCGCCCCUGCGGCCGCGGCAGCCCCCGCGUCCUUCACCGAGCCCAUCCACUUCCCCAGCUCGCUCACCGUCACCACUACCACCACCAAACAGUCUCCAGACAAGAUUGAAGCUCCCGUCACUGCUGAAGACAAAGCCCCCUACAAGACAAAUUCUUUGAUCUUUGGCUCCUUAAUCAACCCUAUUUCUCUCAGCAAGGACCUCAUUGUAGAUAAAAAAGACAGUGACAAAAAAGAAGAACUAUACAUUCCCCCCAACAAUAUAGGCAGCAUAACUAUUACACCUGUACCUAGUAAUCCCCCUAAACCUGAGAAAAAACUCACAAAUAACAAUGUCCAAGCAUCGACAGUGGAUAAGUCAGGUUUAAUUAGAGUUAAAUCACCAGCAGCCUUGAACGAAAUGGUGAAAAAAGAUAAAGUUAAGAAGCCAGAAAAGAGUCAAGUUAAAGAGAAAAGAGUAGAUUCGCCGUUACAUGUAGAUACGAGUUACCAGCCGAGUAAAAAAGACCCAAGUCCGAAACAUAAGGAGGAAAUACCACAGAAGCAGAUUGAGAGUAUGCGGGUGAGUGAGAACAACAUCCCGAGACCGGCGCUAGUUCCCGUUCACCACUCGCCGACGUUCGCGAAACCUGACAAACGGCCGCCCGAGGUGAAGCGGAAGAAAGACGUUGUCAUCAUCUCGGACGUGGACCCGCUGAGUGAACAGGAACCUGUCGCGGUCGACGACAGCAGCAGCGACGUGGAGCUAGUGGAGGACAAUAGGACUGACAAAAGUGAAAGUAAACGUGAUAAAAGUGAGACAGUGCCUUCCAAGGACCGCGUGAACUAUGACGCUAACAAAAAAGUGAAUAAUGUGAAGUGUAAGAAAGAUAAGGAAGUGCAUAAGAGUAGUGAGAGUGAGGAACCUACCAAUGAUGAUAUUGAUACGCUCAUGAGGAAUCUCAGGGAGAUGGAGCAUUCUCAAGAGCCGACAAAGUUCAACAGUAAUUCUUAUGGAGGUGUGAUAACCAACGUGAAACACGAGAGGUCUUCCAGCCAGCCCGCGUUCCCGCGGGGCGCUGUCUUCGAGGCCCGAGACAGAGACAAGCUUACAGAACGCACUUCUUUGAACAAAAUGGAUGGAUGUAAUGGCAUCACAGGCUGAAAAGCGGAGCAGUAGAAAUCACAAGGAUGUUGUAACAGUUACAUGAAGAAUAGUAUGUAUAUCACAACCGAACUAGCCGCUACUGGAUUACUGAAACUGUAAUAUUGACGCGUCUCUACAAGUUGAUAGUUCGUGUUGUAGCCAACGUAUUAUAUUCUAACUAGGUAUGUCAUAUAAAUGAUACUUUAUAAACCCCAAAUAGACUACAGGACCCUCAGUACGGGUUGGUUUUACGUUUUAACGAAAUCGAAACGAGACCAUUUUCGGAGCUAUUAUUGGCCGGCUUCAGUGAACCAACCAAUCAGAGCGCCGAACAUGAUCUCGUUUCGAUUUCGUUGUUCGUACUAUACUCGUACUAAGCCUCCAGAAUUGCACUUUUAUACAUAUUUUAAAAACUACGUAAUUUCGACAUUUGAUAACUGUCUACUCUCUCGCACUGAGAUCAGAUUCUGUUUUAAAAUUCAGACAAAUAUGUUUUAAUGGAAAAUCUUAUGACAAGUCUAUUCUGUAAUGGUCUUUCUAAAAGAAAGGACCAUACAAGUUUGAGUGGCCUUGUCCAGUAAUAUAAAAUACUUAUUCUAUUCCAGUGAAUAUCAUAUUUUAAUGUGAUGGCCUAAAGUAGUUCUUGAUUUUGCCAUGAAUUGGCCCUCUUUUAAUGUUUUAGACCUCAUUUAAGAAAAUUUUCCUAAUACUCUUCUAUACAUUUCAAAAACGUUUUCAAUAUAAUGUCAACUGAUCUAAUCAAGUGACUAAACCCUGUUCUCAUUAAUUUGACUUAUUGCAAUCUUUCUUUCAUUACCUUUUUUAGAUAUAGACAAAACUGUCUUUCUGUCCAGUGCAAUAAUUUUAGUAUUUUAUAAAAUGAACAUAAUUCAAGUAUUAUGAACUAAAAUGAAUACCAAAGUUAUCAUUUAUAAGACAGAAGUAACCUGAAUAGGACAACAUUAGCGGCAUAUUGUGACGUCAUUACUAUCAAAUCGAAUUAAUUGAGUAGAUUCAACCAAAGAGGAUUGUUAGAAUCAUGAAGCAAAUACAAAGAGGACAUGUCAUAACUGGAUUUUCUUUUGCGUGACAAUUUACGGGGAGCGCUAGACGUUACAAACCACGUCCCUCUCUAUUUUCCAUCUAGCGGUCCCAUACUACAAAAAUGUUGCCAAUUGUCCACAUUUUAAUGUGCCAGUUUCUGAGCGCUUAUAACCUAUACAAACCUUUUUACUUAUAACAUCAAUGGACAGGGCCGAUUUUUGCGUCACAGGCACAAUCACAUUAUGACAUCUCAUCUUUGUACUUGCUUCAUGGUUAGAAUAGUAACAAAAACCAAUAAAAUUUUUACUUAUAGAACACCAAAAAAUUAAUUAGCACUGGUAAAAAGGUCUUCCUAAUCUGAUUUUCUUUACUUAAAAAUUAUAUUUUUUAAAUAAUAGAAGUAGUGCCAAGAAACCCUCCAGUAAUGUGUCUAAGUUACCACAAUAUGUUUUCAAGCGAAUGUGUGACAUAUAGCCUUUCAAAUGAUACUGUAAUGUUGCAUAGACAUAGUCUAGAUGGAAAUUAAUUACAACUUAGUGUACAGCUGUAUUGGCUUAACAAUCCUAUUUAUUUUUCUUGUGUUUAUAUCUAGUUAUAUCAGCCAGUACCCUUAGUAUGAGUUCACUUUAUGUUUUAAACGUAAUGGUACAGUUUGUUUUUUUUAGACAAUGACAACCUAAUUUCUGUCAUUCUCCGGGAAAUAGUACUUCGAAAAUACUAUUUAAUGUAUGUUUGGCCCUAGUCUAUCCAUUUAGGGAAACCAGGUUUAUGCCUGGAAUUCUUCUAUCCUAAUUCAUUUUUAUUUUACCUCAGAUAUUAAUUAACGAAACUAAGAAAAUACUUUACCUUUUCGCCAAUAAUAAACUAAAAUAAAUAGGAUUGAUGUCUCUAAACCUGUCACUGAAUACAGAGUGUUCUGCCUACCCCCUAGGAGGCAUUUUAGCUGUGAUGUUAAUGUCAUACAAAAUAUAUAGUUCCUUACUAGAAACACUGUUAAUUACAUUACACACGAUAUUUUUCUAAUUACACAAAAAUACGAUCUAUCAACUUCGAUAAAUACGCGUUAAGAGUUCAAGCACGUUAUUGUGUCGAUAAAUCGGUAAUAUCGAUACUCAAGAAUGUCGAUAGUUAUCGAUAUAUCGAUAUAAUUGACCUUAGCGAUACACUAUAGAGAGAUAUGUCGAUUUUUGACAUUUAUAAGCUGUUGUCGGGUCCAGAGAGCACGUGUUUUAAUUUCUGUAUUUUUCUGUUUGUACGACAUGUUUAAGUUGAAAUACCUUUUUCUUAAUUUUGUUAGUGUCUUGAUACCUUCUCUAAAAGAGGAUAUUAUUACUCCUUAAUUCAUUGUACACUGUUUAUGGCCACCUCUGGGCCCACGUGCUGGACAAUAUUACAAGAAAUGUUUAAUUUUAUUGAUACACUAAGUUUGUAUAGAAACACACGUAUUUUGUAUAAUAAAGCUAUUAGUUUUACGAUAAAAGGUUUAAAAACAACAGCAAAUAGUACUGCUCCACGAAUUCAAACGUCGUUUGCCUGUUGUAUUAAUGUAGAAGGAUAGUUAUUUUUUGUGUAAGCAACACUGCGAACGGCGUUUGUUGCUAUCCUAAAAAAUGAAAUAAAAACGCGAACAUGACAAGAAAAUUAAAAAGUUGCCGAGCAGGCAGUCUAGUGAUAUACCAUGGCCUAUAAAAAAUCGACUGCCCGCCAAGAAACAUAACCUCAAAUCUAAAUCAGGAUUAUAUUCUAUGAAUUUGUUAUUUUCGCGGUUAAAUCUAAAUAUCAAUGUAUAUGUAUACCUAAAUAUUGUUCUAAAUCAAAUGUGUAUUGUGGAGCAGUAACAUAUUUUUACACGAACUCUGAAUUAUUAUGAGAAAUGUUUUAUUUUGGUUAAAAUAAAACGAUAGAUGACUUUUUUGUGAUUUGAGUGAGUUGAAAUCCUAAAUUCCAAAUUAUGCCCAAUGUAACAAUUAUGAUUAAAUAUUUAUAAUGAAUAUGAA